CCAGAAAGAACUGAGUUGCGCUGGAACGGGAAAUUCCAGCGCCCAGAGAGCAAGUGAAAAUGGGAACCUUCCCAAGAAGUAAGUAGUUGGUAAGGAUCAGUUUAUCCUCGUCAAUUCUUGCCUGGAUUUAAACAAUUCGGCCUACAGCAUCAAGCACUACAAAGAAGACGGACAAUAACAACUACAAGUCUUCUCCUAUGAGGGGGAGAUCGAAAUGGCAGCGUGCAGAACUUAUUCCUUCAGCCCGCAUUUUACUGACCAAAAAGAAUACAGACCGAACAGAACCUCCUCUCCACCAUUACGGCGGUCUCAAGGGUCAUGGUGGAUGAUGGCGCCUCGCCGCACGAGCACCACCACAGAAGGUUUGUUCGGUUACGACACAGACACACACACACACACAUACAACUCGCCCUCUUCAUCCUCCAUUCCAGUCGGUGUCAUUGGGCCUUCUGGAUCAAUCAAUCCUCCGAGGAAGCCUAUUCUUCGGCUGGACACCGUCUUCGAUGUCGGGUGUCUUGCUUGCCCUUUGGCGAUUCCCCCUUUUCUCUAUGCGGCAAUAGCCCAUGGAAGGGCAAUCGCGAUUAUCAAUAAUAGUAAUUCCAAUCCCAAACAACGAUCUGGCACGGUUUUUGUAGGCGCAGAUCGCAAGGCUCAUCUAACCCAACCAGCCCCGGAGGCAAAACAUAGCGCCGGAGUUUGAGGCGAGUCUAGGCUUCCAAGCUCUGGAUGACAUCCACCGGUUGAGGUCCUUUCUUCCGCGAACCGAAAUGUCAGAUAUGAAACACGUUACCAAUUACCCUGCGAGACCCAAAUGGUCAGGUAAGAAAGAGGGAUGAUGAUGAUGAUGAUAAGGUAUGGGUGGCAUUGUAGAUGUGUUCAACCGGCCUUUCUUGUCAGCGCUCUACUCGUCUGCGGUCGUCGCCGUGCAGUGCUAGUCUACUUAGUAG